CCCGCCCUCCUCCCACUCCCCUCGGCCCAGAUCUGGCCCUCCGCGUCCGAUAUUUCCCAAAGAACCAUGGCGAAAUCUAGUGCUCGCAAGGAGACGGCCCCAGCCCGGCCGCCGGCGACCUUGCCACAGCAGCACAUGUUCCCCGGCGCCCCAUCGAGCUCCUCCGCCAAUCCCUCCACACCACAGCACCUGUACCCUCACGGCAGCUCCUACACAAACCCCUUGAAUCAAUGGAGGCCAAUGUAUACCCCUGCAACCGAUGGCUUGCUAAGUUUUGGGCAGUUGCCGCCAAUGCAUCCUUAUAAUUUCCGAUCUCUGCCUAUCCACCAUCUUGAAGGACACCCAAAUAUGAAGAAUUUGCACUUUGGCUAGAGGAGAAGAGCAGAAGCAGUGAUCUAGGCCGUGCCAUACGGGAGAAGAGGAGAAUCACAGCGAGAUGCAGGACUUGCCGGCUAGGUGCCGUGCCGGAGGUGUUGGCUAGGUGCUGGGCCGGAGGUGCCAUGCUGGAGGUGCCCACUAGUAGGCGAUGUUGUUGGCGAGCUGAGACGGGCAACGUCUUCGGCCCGCUGAGACGGAGCUGGCGAAGAGAAGGCGACGUCGCUGGCGAGCUGAGAAGGACGACGUAACAGUCUUUGUGUUUUCUAAACAUACUGUUGGUCUAUGCGUUGUAAUGCGUUGUAGACUUGU